AUGGCCGCCCCAACCCUUCCAUCUCUGAUGGCGAAUUUCCUACUGACGACGGUAGCGCUCGGUUUCCGUACCCACAUGCAUGACGCUCUUUCCUGUUUGGUUCGGGCUUUCCCGUUCCUGCUGAAGAUCUACUCGCGCAAGGCCGGCGGUGGCGGCGGCGGCGGCUGGACUUUCGAAGAGAACAAGCGGUUCGAGAACGCCUUGGCUAUAUUCUCCCUCAACGAAGAUGAUUCCUCCGCCACCUUCGAUGGCUUUCCGGAGAGAGCCGCUCCCUUCUUCCCCGGGAAGUCGGUCGAGCAGAUCCGCUUGCAUCUUGAGGCGCUGAUGCACGACUUGGAUUUGAUAGAGUCGGGUGAAAUCCCUUUCCCGGAGCAGUGGACGAUAGACGAGGAGGACGAAGGCAAACGCAAGCGCGAAGACGGAGACGCCGGGAGCAGUGGAUCCUCCUUGUCGUUGCCAUUGUUGUCCUCGUCGUCGGCAGAUCGCCGCCAUAUCUGGACCAGAGAAGAACACGAGAGAUUUCUCAGAGGAAUGAAUAUCUACGGAAAAGGCGAUUGGAAGCGCAUCUCUGCGAACGUCGUCUUCACGAAGACCCCGAGCGAACUAGCUAGCCACUCGCAGGAGCACUUCAGCCGCAGAGACCGGCCGACCAGUCCAAAACGCCCUAGAAUCAUAUACGACGUCCACGACGAUGACGAGCCGUAG